AUGUCUGAAAUUUAUGAGGAAGAUCUAGAGUAAUAAAUUACCCUUUCAAAAAAAGAUGCCAAUUAAUUAAGAUCAUCCUUAGAAUCUAUCUAUAUAGUUUUGCAAAUGAAAGGAAAAUAUUUACCAAAAUAUACAUCUUCAAUAAUAACCGCAGAUUAUUUAUUAACUGUUUUAUUUGAGAAUGUUUUUGUUCUAAAUGUAAAAUAGGAAUUUUGCUCAAAGCAGCAGAGAAAACAGAUAUCAUUAAAGAUCUUUUAAAAAUAGAAUUAGAAAAUGGCCAAAAUUGGGAAUUUGAUUCAAAACAUCUAUCAGAUUAAUCAUGGUGUAUAAAUUUAUUAAAAACCCUUAACCUCAACUAUCAUCUAUUCAAAAAUUAUAACCAAGAAUAAUUUGAUCUUUAAAAUUUUACAGCCUAAUAAAUGA